AGGGACUAAUUAAACCUUUUGUUCGCAGGAGAUCAAUGGGGAAGCGUUACUUACAUUCCGCAUAGAAGAGGAGGAGGAGUAACCAUGGCAACGUCUUCUUGGAUACACCUGGUGAUAGGCCUUCUUCUCAUUGUGUGCAUGGGAGAAGUUUCGUGUGAUGACCAAGAAUUUCGUCUCGUCCGUUACUUGAUGUCCAAUUAUGAUUCUGCAGUCCGUCCGUCCUUAUCGGUCGCUCAACCGGUUGCAGUUGCCUUUCGAAUGUCUCUCCUGGCAUUGCUCACACUUGAUGAGCGACAGGGUGUGCUUUCCAGCAGCUGCAGAAUAAUUCAGAAAUGGAAUGAUGUUCACCUUAGGUGGAAUUCGUCCGAUUUUGGAGGAGUGACAACGGUUCGUAUCCCUGCAUCACAAAUAUGGCGACCGGAUAUCAUUUUGCGUAACAACGCCGAUCCCUCAACACCAUGGAAUUUAGAAAGAGACCACGCUGUUCUUCGCUCAAGUGGCGACAUCUCUUGGACGACUCAGAUACUACUGAAGAGCACAUGCGCACUGGAUCUUCGAUUCUUUCCAUUCGAUUUUCAUCUCUGCCAUCUAAACUUCACUUCAUGGUCGUACGACACUCAACAGGUCACACUCACUGCCGAACCAACGGAUCUCUCAAACUAUCAUCCAAAUCCCGAGUUUUAUCUCGAAGAUGUGCUAGUCAGUCCUGGAAGCGGGAAAGCCUUGGCAUUCUCUCUGGUCUUGAGGCGACGUCCCGGACCUCAUCUGCUUCGCCAAGUAUUGCCAUGUUUCCUGAUAACAGGGUUAGCUGCUCUUACCUUCCUUGUACCUGCUUCAUCAGCUGAAAGAGUCACAUUAGCAAUGGGCUGCUUUCUCUCUUUACUUCUCAUUUCUGUGGCGACCGGAGGAGGUCCUAAGGCUCCUGCACCACAACUACCACUCCUAGGUGUCUAUCAGAUCUGCAGUCUAUGCCUAGUUUCAUCUAUCGCUUUCCUGUCGGCGAUGACAUUAGGGCUGCACAGCAAGGGCUCUGACGGCAUUCCACCCUCCCCGUGGCUCAGGAAAUGUGUUCUAGGAUGCUUAGCCCCCAUGCUGCUGGUUCACCCCUGUCCAACCAGGAAGGAUUCCCUCAACUUCCAAGAAGCUGACGAGGAGGAUCGGAAAAAGGGGAAGAAGAGACCCGUUUCAGGGAGCGGAGGAAGCAGUGGUCCCCCUAUAGAACGGUACAGCUCCUCCCCUCAGCUCCUUAGGAGAAGGAGCGCGGCCGGCAGCGGGGGAGGGGGUGGUGGAGGAGGAGAAAGAUCCUCCGAGGAGUUUGAGAGGAGGUUUCUGAGGGUGCUGGACAGGGUGCAUGAGACACUAGAAAGAAACGAAGCCAGAGAUAUGGAGAAUGAGAAUAAAGAAGCGGCUAAGGAUGAGUGGAGAAGAGUAGCGCAGGUAACAGAUAGACUACUUUUAGUGCUGUUCUUGACUGGGGCAAUGCUGGCUGCAGCGUUACUUUUCGCUUUUGCACCAUUGUGAGCGAAAAACUAACUUUUUUUUGACAACUCAUCAUCAUUCCGAAGACCGAUAGAGGCAAUUACAACUCAGCAACAGGAACAAUGCCCCGUACUCUUAUGUGUUCCACUGUUGACCAAUCGCCCAAGAAUAAUUCAAACAGAACAAAUAUCUGGAAUAGAAUUAACGCAAACAAUGGUGUUUUACUACGACGCAAACAAAAGGGGGCGUGUGACACCAGUGGCGCAACAGCAAAUAUUACAACUGCCACAGCAUAACCUUCCCUUCUGUAAACUCCCAUACUGUUAGCAUCAUAUAUUUAUAGAAAUGUAGAGAAUGCACGAAGACGGGUAUUUCAUCCAAGCAUCGUGGAGAAAAAAAAUAUUAAGAAAUUCUCAGAACUUUACACAAAUUUUGGAUGUCGUUUUACACUUUUUAGAACGCUUUCUACCAAGAAAAAAAAUACCUGAAUGCAUUUUUACUGAGCAAGAUGUUCAAUGUAAUAUAGUAUGAAGUCGUCAAACAUGAAAUGUCCGGUUGCUGUUUGUAAAUGCACUAAAAUUAAGUAAAGUGCGUGUUAAAACGAUUGUUUUGGCACGAAAAAAAUAGGUGCUUCAUUCUCAGGAAAGCUUUAUUAUACUUAAUAACUAUGAGUUAUGUUUGAUAGUGAAUUACCAAUAACAAAGAAAGAAAUUUAAAUUAAAAAGGUUUAAGUUAUAUCUGGUAAACAAUUGCGGAAAAAAAUGGUUUAAAUGAAAGAAUGCAAAGUUAGAUUUGAUAAA